AUGACGCAGCUUUCCCAGGUUUGUGAGCUCUGGGGUGCAGUGAAGCCCAGCUGGCUCUGCACGGUGCUGGCAUUGGCCCUGCAAAGCUUAACAGCUCAGGCUCCGCGAUGUGCAAAACCGGGCACACGGCUGCCAGUUUGGAAAGGUGCUCUGGGAAAACCCCAUUCACUGCACACCCGAGGAAUCAUUGAAUUGGCAGGGGCUAUAUCGUGUGGCACGGGACGGUCUCCUUUGGCAUAUAUUGGCUAUGGAUGCUACUGUGGACUGGGAGGACAAGGCUGGCCUAAAGAUAAAACAGACUGGUGCUGCCACAGGCAUGACUGCUGCUAUGACAAGGCAGAGAAGGAAGGCUGCAACCCCAAGGCGCAGCAGUACCAGUGGGUGUGUGAGCAGAACGCCGUGCGGUGCGAUAACCUGACAGACCAAUGUGAAAAAAUGGUGUGCCUGUGUGACCAAGAAGCAGCCAAGUGUUGGGGAGCAGCCCCGUACAACCCACACUUCAUCCUUUGGCCAGACUUUUUAUGUGGACAGACUCAUCCCACCUGCCAUUUCAGAUAUGGGGGGGCAGAAUAGUCUUUUGGGGACCUUUCUUCUAACCCUUUGAA